AUGGCAUUCGAAAAAAGCCUCACAAUUAUUUUUGGUGUUGUGGCAUGUUUAUUGUCUGUUGCUUUGGCUACACCAGGAACAGCCACUUUCUACACAAGCUAUGUUCUUUUUAUUAUUGCAGCCUCGGCAUGCUAUGGGAACAAAGACAGUGGAGUUAUGAUAGCUGCAGCGAGCGAUCCGCUAUGGGCGAACGGGGGUAUUUGUGGGAAAGUAUUUAACGUCACAUGCACCGGACCCACUAACCCCGUUCCACAUCCGUGCACCGGCCAGAGCGUGGUGGUUAAGAUUGUCGAUCACUGCCCUGGAUGUGGCGGAACCCUAGAUCUCUCUAGAGAAGCCUUUGCUGCCAUUGCUAAUCCGGUCGCUGGAAUUAUCAAAAUCGAAUUUAACCAGUAAGUCGAAAUAAUUCCCUUUUUUUUCUUUCUAGAAAUAGAAAUAUUCGAGUAGCUCAAUAAAUUUU